UAUAUUCAGUCUGCGUCCAACAGUUUCCGUGAGCGUCUCGACGUUCGGAUGAAAAGUUCGCUUGACUUUCAAUCGGUAUAAUAGAGAAAAUACUUUUACGUGUUUGGAACGGUUCAACAGAGUAAUAAUCGUUUUUCGUUUUCAAAAUUUUGAUUUGAAAUGUGAUUGAACGUAAACGAUAAUAGUGAGGUGAUGAUUAUGAAAUUUAAAAAAAUUUAAAUGAGAAAAGAAAAGAAAAAAUUAAAUUGAAAUGAAUGGGUGAACGUUUCUAUUAAAAGUUAUCGAAAUAAAUGUGAAAAAAAAAUUAUCAAAAUCUUCGAAGAGUGCGUCUUAUAAUUCUAACACAACAUACACUCGAACAGCUAUUUUCGGAUAAUAUAUUUUUGCUGGAUUAAUUUUUUAUGAUACACACACUUCGUCUAAAUAAUAUUUUUAAAUAAAUAUUGUGCGAGGUUUUUGUUGUUGGAUAAAAAACGAAGAUAUUUAAAAUUGGUGACUCGCGAACAAUCGUGGUCGUCUUUUGAUUAAGCUGUUUGUGUUUUUUUUUCAUUCGUGUUAAAUGUUGACAUAAAUAUUACACAAACUACAAAUUGUGGCUUUUACAUUUUCGAUGACUUAAUUUGGACAUGAAAGCCGCUACAACAAAAACAAGGAACAAUCAAAUUUAAGUUCAACAAUAACAACAACAACGGCAACAAAAAUAUUGUGCUUUCGAUGUACCCAAAGAAGUGAAAAGUUAUAAUAAAAAAAAAAACGAAAAAUAAAAAUGAAAUCAAAUCGUUUGAUAAAAUCUCAGUGAAAAGCGUUAAAAGUAUGCACAACGUUCUUUCGAUAUAAGUUUUAAAAAAAAAUUCACACGAAACGAAAGCUCACAAAAGCAACAAUGUACAAAAGUUGUAAUACCAAAGACACCAUGUUUCCGGAUUCAAUUCGAGAAGACGAAGAAGAUUCGGACGUGGAAACGGCCGAAAAUUCGCAGUUGGAUGAUUUAUAUACCAGCUACCGACAGCGGCUGAGAAAAUCACUUUUCAUCUCUGGAUUGACCACCGCUUUUGUGGCUUUUGUAAUUUCAGCAACAUUUCAGCAAAAGACAUUUGUUGAUUGGAUGCUGGUGAUUUUCGCUAUUCUGGUCAUAUGCGGAGUAUUAUUAGCAGUUCAAUUUCCGGUUGUUAUAAGCUCGCCGGUAGCUGCGUUGGCAUUUUCAAUUUUAACCACAGCAUCACUUGGUACGGUGGCUACCAUCGUUGGAGGUACAUUCGCGCCGUUGUCAAUGUUUGCGCUGAUAUUGGGCGUUCAUACGAUGCUACCAAUAUCAUGGCCUGUCUCCGUUGUCUUAGCUGUGCUGCUAUCGAUAAUCCAUUUAAGUUAUCGGAUAGCAUUCAAUUUCAAUGCGUUUCCAACUCUAUUUAUGGAACAGCUUAUCGCUGAGGAGCUUUUGUUGGCAACAGCCAGUGUAUCUGGAUUGUAUUAUCGCAUUAUGUCAGAUGCGGCGCAUAAUCGUACUAUUAUGGGAACACGUACAGGCAUUGAACAAAGAGUCAAAUUAGAAUGCGAACGUGAACAACAGGAGCAGUUAUUGUUGAGUGUGAUACCUGCGUACAUAGCGGCUGAGGUCAAACGCUCCAUCAUGAUUAAAAUGGCCGAUGCAUGUCAGCGUGCUGGCGGACAACAGACACGAUUCCACGAAAUGCACGUUCAACGGCACAACAACGUGUCCAUUUUAUAUGCAGACAUUGUGAACUUUACGCCACUGUCCGAACAACUUACCGCCAGUGAUUUGGUGAAGACGCUCAACGAAUUAUUUGGUCGAUUCGAUCAGAUAGCUCAGGAAAAUCAAUGUUUGCGCAUCAAAAUUCUGGGAGAUUGUUAUUAUUGUGUGUCGGGUCUACCAAUUUCGAGACCACAACAUGCAGAGAAUUGUGUCAACAUGGGAUUGCAAAUGAUCGAGGCUAUACGAUUUGUACGAAUGGCAACUGGUUUCAAUGUUGACAUGAGAAUUGGUAUACACAGCGGAAAUGUUUUAUGUGGUGUGCUGGGUCUACGAAAAUGGCAAUUCGAUGUGUGGAGCGACGAUGUUACACUUGCAAAUCAUAUGGAAAGCGGAGGUGUGGCUGGCCGUGUGCAUAUCACAAAAGCUACCCUUGAAUAUCUCGGUGAUAAAUUCGAAGUUGAGCCUGGUGGUGGUGCAUCGAGAGAAGCAUACCUCGCCGACCAUAAAGUGGAAUCAUAUCUUAUCAUUCCACCAAAGAAGUCGUCAUUAGAUCUAUCUAAAAUCAACGAGAACGACACCAAACCGGACUCCUUAUCAGUCAGCAGUAAAAUUGUGUCAAUAGCUGAGCCAAUCGAAAGUCCUAAGUCUCCGUCAGAAGAAAUGGUCAAGACUCCCGAAGAAAAAUCCAAAAACCAAUUAACACCAACCAUAACCGAGGAGAACGAGCUGGACGAACCGAUAAAUAACAAUAGCAAAUCAUCCCUAUCAUUGCCGGUCGAAGCUCCGCCCAGUGGACCAGUCGAACGAGACCGACGGAAACUGUCUGUCCAGGGUUUGAUGGCAUUCGCUGAGCGUCGACGAUCGUCUAGCACAUUUUCGGAUAUGAGAAAAAUGUCUGUGUCGAACGGUGAUGGCAUUCACGUUCGAUCUCCAGGUGGAAUUGCCACCCCUGGAGGACCUCCAUCUCGAUCGCGACCAUCUUCGAAAAUGACCAAGUACGUUGAAUGUUGGGGUGCGGAUAAGCCUUUCGCAAACAUUACCGAUUCGAAAAUGGCAAAAAAUAUUGGCCUAGCGAGUAUCGCAAUGAUUGAAUCGAAUUUGUUACCACCGGAACGACGAUGCUCCGAUUUUAAUUGUUUUGGACCACCGACAGAACUUCGACCAGUAACAAUGUGGUAUAGAAAUAGUACCAUCGAAUCACAGUACCGCGAACAGCCAGAUCCUCAUUUUCGCUUUGAUUUAGUUUGCUCGUUUAUCAUGUUUAUAUCAAUAGGACUGUUACAGUUGAUUGUUAUCCAUGGCAAUGUUGUCGUGCUUGGAUCUACUGGCGCUACGCUUAUAGCAUUAAGUUUAUUUUUAUAUUUAAGUCAUUCACAAAUGUCCGAAUCAUCAGAUGUGGGAAACAAUGGACCUGGUCAAAUCAUUGCUUCCAGUCGACCCAUCCGGAUGGCCAUAUUCGUAGUGUCAAAUUUUCUGAUAGCUGCCUGUGCAGUAUUCAGCGUGAUAAAUUACGAACGAACAACAAAUCUCAAUGUUUCAUCAAAUUCAACAAAUCUGCUGAAUUCUACGGUCGAACAGAUGGAAGAUCAACUGACUACCGCCAAUCCUGAUGCUAUAUUCGUUGAUAUAGCUUAUCCAUCGUAUAGAUCUCAGCCAAUCGAGACGGCACCAGUGUACCUCUUUUGCUGUGCUCUGACGCUAGCAUCGAUUUCGGCUUUUCUCAAAGCUGGCUUUGUGUUCAAAUUUAUUUCUAUGAUCAUUUGUAUAGGCGUGCAUAGUGCCGUAUUGUGGUCGAGCAAUCUGUUUAGAGAUUAUAACAACAGUGCAGACUACGGCUUGGCAGUACAAGGGGCGUUGUUCUUAACACUAAUUGCAAUCGUCCUCCAUAUAUUAGACCGGCAAGGUGACCUGGUUGCACGAACCGAUUUCCUAUGGAAAGCCAAAUUAAAAGUUGAACAAGAAGAAGUUGAAACGAUGCGAGGAAUCAAUAAGAUAUUACUCGAAAAUAUACUGCCGGCUCAUGUGGCACAACAUUUUUUGCGUAAGGAUCGUUCAAAUGACUUGUAUCAUGAAAGUUAUUCUUGUGUAGCUGUUAUGUUUGCCUCUAUCCCCAAUUACAAGGAAUUUUACGAUGAAACAGAUGUCAAUAAACAAGGGUUGGAAUGCUUGCGGCUGUUGAAUGAAAUAAUUUGCGAUUUUGAUAAGUUGUUAUUGAAACCGAAAUUCAGUGGCAUUGAGAAAAUCAAAACUAUUGGCAGUACGUAUAUGACCGCGUCCGGAUUGAGACCCGGUAAAGAAGAAGGUGCAAUGAUUAAAAAUGAGGCGGAUGAAAGACGUAUGGAAGAGCACAACGUAACGGUGGUGGUGGAGUUUGCAAUUGCUUUGAUGUCCGUUUUGGAUCAAAUAAACCGUGAAAGUUUUCAACGUUUCCGUUUGCGUAUUGGGUUGAAUCAUGGUCCGGUCAUUGCGGGCGUUAUUGGUGCUCAAAAACCACAAUAUGAUAUUUGGAGCAACACCGUCAAUGUGGCAUCACGAAUGGAUUCAUGCGGAGUAAUGGGACGGAUGCAGACGACCGAGAGUACAGCAAACGUUUUAAUGGCAGCAGGAUACACAUGCGAUUGUCGUGGUCCCAUUUAUGUGAAGGGUAAAGGUACACUCACCACGUAUUUCGUGAAGACCCCGUUUGAUGAUAAGAUAUAAACCAGAGAAUCGUACACAUUUUUUUCGAAUCACACUAUACCUACCAUAGCUACCUACCUACCAUACUACUUGUUGACUGCUAUAUUUUAAUUAUAUUUUUUAUGAAAUAAAUUUAAAUUAAUACAGAGA